UGAAUUUUAUCAACACAUUUCUUCCAUCAAAUCAAUGGCUAAACUUAGAUUUUUCACUACCAUUUUCGUUUUUCUUCUAUCUUCUUUCUGCUCUUUUGCUGAAGUAGAUGAUGUGGAAGUUAGUGUGAUGGGAGUAACCUCCAUUGCCAGAACAGAUGAUACUUUUGUAUGUGCUACUUUAGAUUGGUGGCCAAGUACAAAAUGCAAUUAUCAACAAUGUCCAUGGGGAAAAGCUGGUCUUUUAAAUUUGGAUUUGAAAAACAAAAUUUUGAUUAAUGCUCUAAAGGCAUUUGGCGAUUUGAGAAUUAGAAUUGGAGGGUCAUUACAAGAUCAAGUUGUUUAUAAAGUUGGACAUGCUGUGAAGAAAUUUCCUCACUUUAAAAGAGAUGAUAAAGGCUUGUUUGGAUUCACUAAAGGAAAUCUUCCUAUGGAUAGAUGGGAUCAAAUUAAUAGAUUGUUCAACCAAACAGGUGUUAAACACACAUUUGGCUUGAAUGCUCUCUUUGGAAAGAAGAAAUCCAACGAUUCAGAACUAUAUUUGGGGAAUUGGAAUCCAAGAAAUGCUGCUGAUCUUAUGAAAUAUACCAUUUCCAAGGGAUACAAGAUUGAUUCUUAUGAACUAGGAAAUGAGCUUUGCUCUUCUGGAGUAUCAGCAAGAAUUGAUGCUGUUCAGUACAGUAAAGAUAUAAUCACAUUAAGAAAGUUAGUAAACAAGCUUUAUCCAAAUCCUGAUGAAAGACCAGGAGUAUUAGGACCAGCUGGAUUUUAUGAUGAGAAAUGGUUCAAUACAUUUCUUCAAGAAACUGGACCCAAUGUUGUUGAUGGAUUAACCCACCAUAUUUACAAUCUUGGUCCAGGUGAUGAUAAAGACCUAAUUAAUAAGAUUCAGGAUCCUUAUUUCUUGAAUGAAAUAGCACAAACACAUAAAGACAUUUCAAAUAGUGUGAAGCAAUUUGGUCCAUGGUCAGGAGCUUGGGUUGGGGAAGCUGGUGGUGCUUAUAAUAGUGGAGGCAAAGAUGUUUCACAUUACUUUGUCAAUGGAUUUUGGUACUUGGAUCAAUUGGGCAUAACAUCAACAUUCAACCACAAGGUUUUUUGUAGACAAGCUCUUAUUGGUGGAAAUUAUGCUCUCCUUAAUACUACAUCAUUCAUACCAAAUCCUGAUUACUAUGGUGCCCUUCUAUGGCAUCGUUUGAUGGGGAAAAAUGUGCUAGCUACCUCUCACGACGGCACUCCGUAUCUGAGAGCAUAUUCUCAUUGUUCCAAGCAAAAGCCUGGGGUUGCUCUGCUUCUGAUCAACAUGUCAAACCAUACCACCUUCAGAGUUACUGUUCUGAAUGACCACAAUCCAUAUCCAGGUGAUUCGAAAUUGAAAUAUUAUGGCGAAGAACAACAAAGAGAAGAGUAUCAUUUGACUCCAAAAGAUGGAAAUAUACAAAGUGAUGUAUUACUACUGAACGGAACUCCAUUGAAACUCACAAGUUCUUUAGACAUUCCAGCAAUGGAACCCAAGCUUGUUACUUCUUCUUCUCCGAUCACUAUCGCUCCGGACUCCAUUGUUUUUGUUGUCAUUAGAAAUUUAAGAGCUUCUGCAUGUGCUUAAAAGGAGUGUAUAUAUCAUUUCCUUUUAGUUUCAGUUGUAAAUAAAGGGUAGGAGUUGAGAGUUAUUCCAUUGUCGUUUUAGGAGUUGAGAGUUAUUCCAGUGUCGUUUUAGGUCUUGCAAUUCUAUAUAUAUAAAGGGAUUUCUUUCUUUCUUCAA